UGUCCCUCCAGUUUCCCGCUGUUGCCUCCGGCAAGGAAAUUCUCCGGCUGAUUUAGGUUACCGGCAAACGGGUUGGGCGUGUUUGUUGACCAGGGUGGAUUAUUGCACUUGUUCCUGGGCGGGCCGAUGCGACCGAGGAGAGGCAGGUCGCCAAUGCGAAGGAAGGAAGAACCAGCCUCAAGCGGCUGUAAAGCGGCGAAACCUCUUUGCGCGUCCGGAUUAGGGUGCUUCUGCCGUGUGUUCUGGGGUCGUUUUAGGCUGGUUCCUUCUUCCAUGGCCCCUACUGGCGCCCUCAGGCACCUCAGCUUGGCUCUGGGCGCAGCGGUGGCCGCCUUGGGAUCACUCCUUUUCAUAGCUUUGAAGCUGUACUUUCGGGACGUCAACGACAGCUGCGUUGGCUGGAGAGGACGCUGGGAGCGGCAGCUGGCUGUGGAGCUAGGACGCAAAACCUCAAAUGGGGACAAGGCACAUUCAUGUGAAUAUCAGGUUUUGGUUCUAGGCCUGGAUGGUGCUGGAAAGAGCAGCGUUCUCCACUAUGUUUCCAGUAUAGAAGCCAAACGGUGCACAUCCCCCACUGAGGGCUUCAAUUCUGUGCAAUUUCAGGAUAGUGGACUCCAGGUGGACCUUCUAGAAGUUGGUGGUAGCCAGAACCUACGUUCCUACUGGAAUCAGUUCCUGAGCAAAGCCCACAUUUUGGUGUUUGUUGUAGAUGCUGCAGAUGGUCCACGCCUUCCUUCUGCUCAGCAGGAGCUGCACUAUCUUCUAGCUGAGGAUGCUCAGUUGCCUUUAAUCGUGCUGGCCAACAAACAGGACAAGAAGGAUGCACUGAGUGUAGCAGAAUUACACAAGGAGUUGGCCUUGCACACCUUGAAUAACCAGAGGGAAUUCUUUCUGCUGCCGACAAGUGCUACUUAUGCAGGCCUGGGCACGGCAAACAGUGUUCUCCACCUGAAGAAUCUGCUCAUCAGAAUCCUUGCACAGAUCUGAAAAUUUUUGGACCUCACCAGGUGGACAUCCAGGACUCUACUUCUUGUAGCAGCUACUUAAGAUAUUUUAUCUGUACAGCUGAGGAGUAGAUAGGUCAAGUCCUCAACAGAUGCUUCUUUUAGGUAUUCCUAAAGUUUUAUUUAUCUUAGCUGCUCCUUCUCCGGGACACAAGAUGUCCUUAAUUGACUGGUAUUUCUUGCCAGGUUAAGCUUCUUAGAGUAACUUGGCUUGUGUCCAAAUUGGCCUGUUGAAGCCUUUUUAUAGCUAGUGUUAUUCCUGAUACUGGCUUCAAAUUGGUUCCCCAAGAGUUAACAUCUACACCUCAGUGCAAGUUUGCUCGCCUCCCCACUGUUUUUGAAGUCUGAAUCAACAUGCAGAAUUUGCAUGAAGGGCUGGCUGCUCAAGGAGUAAUGGGAAAAUUGAACUGCCUAGUAUGGAAUGCAGGUAGAGAGUGCACUGAUACAGUCUCUCUUCCGUAUUUGGUGCUGUCUGAUCUCAGUUACCCAACUCAGGAAUAAAGUUGUUCCUAUAGCAUUCAUGCAUGUUUUGAUCUGGAACACUGCACAGUCUGACUGUGCUACCAGGCAACUACCCCAUUCAGGUUGAAAGCAUGAACCUGCAUGAUUUCCUAAACCUCGGCUAGCAAAGAAGCUGGUGCUGGUUCAGUGGACCAUCUUGCCCCUGGAGAUAGUUCUAUAUGUUCAGCCAGUCACCUAUACUUGGAGCUUGUCUCUGUUGACAUGAAACUGUUACCUUUAAGCAGUACUUUUGCGGCCUUCCUAUUUUUUUUGUCUCCUGUCAGGAACCUCCCAGCCCAGUCCCCAUUGUUUCUUGACCCCAGACUAUAGGAAGUUUUUUUGUGUAUGUGCUGGUGGAUCACAGCCCUACAUAACUCUAGGUUCCUCUAUACUAAAUGAAAAGGACAAAGGCAGACCAAUUGUUUACAUUUUCCCUCCUUCUACACUAAUAAACCUUGAAAUAUUACCUCA